AUGCCGCUGUACAGCAGUCGCGCGCAAACCGCGCUCCUGAAAUCCGUCAACCACGUGUUCAGCCUGAACCGAGAAGCCAACUCUCUGGAGGAUUUGACAAAUGGCAUAAUACUAGCGAAUAUUCUGCACGAACUCGACCCCGAGUUUGAUCCAUCCCACCUAGAAUCCAAUCCUGCCACUUCCCGAUACCUGACGAAUAAACGCAAUAUACAAGCUGUAUAUAAGGGGUUAUUUCGCUUCAUCCGUCGACAAAUACCCGAAUUAGGCUGUCAGGCCAAAAAGGUUGACUAUCAUGCCGUAGCUGAGAACCCCGAGCCGCAGGGGCUCAGCCAGCUCCUUGCUGUCAUGGUGUCUGCUGCAGCUAUGGGGCCGGAUAACAAGAAAUACGUUCCUCUUAUUCAAAACGCCCUCGACAAAGUCAACCAAGCAGAGAUAAUGAACAUUAUCCGCUCCAUGCAGAUUGACGCGGCGAAUGCUGGCGACGAAGACAAGCUCAAUGAAGAUAUCGAUGCAGUGAUGGAAGCCAGGGAUAUGGAUCUGGUGGUUGAAGAGCAGAAUGCAGCCUUACGACAGCAACUUGAGAUGAACAAAAAAGCCCUCUCCGACUAUAUUACCCGCCUGGAACACUUGCAGCAGAGUCAUGAAGAACUCAAAUACGAAAAGGAACGAAACGAUCGAGAGCUCGAGGUUUUACGCAAAGCCACGAAAGAUGGCGCCAACAACGCCGAAGCCGUUCGUCUCUUAGAGGAUCAAGUGCAUGAACAAAUGGAAAUUAUAGCGAAAAAUGAAGAAAGUAUUCGAGACCAUGAAAGAGCGCGUGCGCAGCUUGAGAGUGAAGUCCAAAAGCUCACACAGAGGAGUCAGCAUGCGGACGAACUGCGAGACCAAGCCACAGAAUGGCGGCACAAAGCGGAGGAAUUGGAAAAGAAGGCCAACGCUGCUGAGCGUUAUAAGCAGAAGCUCGAAUCACAACAACAUCUUGUGAGAGAAGUGCAAAAUCUUCAAUACGAGCGCGCAGAAUUGCAGGAGCAGCUUCGGUCGCUGAUGGACGAGCAAGAUAAGGGAGAUCGGACGAGGAAAGCGGAAGACGAAUUAACGCGCAUGCUGACACAGUCUGAGCAGCAUCUGUGGGAUGAGCGCAGCCAGAAAACUCAACUUCUGAAGGACAUGCAGACUCUCGAAGAUGAGCUCCUGCGACUAAAGGCGCAGCGCAGCCACGAUGAGCACUUCAUUCAAGACUUACAGGACCAACUACAGCACGGUGGUGGAGCCCCGCAGGGAGAGACAUUAGCUCUGCCGGGUUCUUCCAGUCUGGAGGACGAACUGAACAGUGCGUCUAGCGAUGAUGGACAGAAGAAUAUUCCCCUUGAGUUGUCUAGGCUAAGAGCGGAGAAUGACUUGCUACGAAGAACUAUUGGAUCCACUGGAGAUGCUGCUACUCUACGAAAAGAAGCCGACGACGAGAAGAAGCAGCGCGAAAGACUUCAGCAGAGCUUGAACGAGAUGUUUGAGAAGCACACAAUAGUUCAAGACCAGAUAGACGCUCUCAUGAAGAGCUCCACUGGAGAAAAUUCGAAAACAUUCAUCAGUUUGCGAUCCGAGCACACUCAAACUCAGCAUGAGCUUGAGCAGCUGAAGAAGCGCACUGGUGAUCUGCAGGCAAAACUUGCAGACAAGGAGCGAGACUUGAUGGGGGCGAAGACAGAGCUAUCUGUUGUUCAGAAAGAUCGGAUCUCCGUCCUCGACGAGCUGAAAAGCACGGACAAACUUAUAUCCGAGUCUCUCAAGGCUGAGCUCGAUCGCCUGCGGGAAGAACUGGCUUUCGUCACCAAUGAACGGGAAUCCCAGAAGACACAGUUGAUCGAUGCCUUACUCGCGAAAGACAAGUUUCGAAAAGACGCCGAAGAGGCAAAGGAGCUUCAGGAAACAGCCGCACUCAGCACUGCAAACCAAGAUUCCUCGGAAGCAGCCAAGAAAGCAGCCGAAAAGAUUGAGAAGCUGCGAGAUCGCCUCAUUGAAAGAAAGCAGCAACUCGAACAAGCCGAGCAAGAUAAGAUCAACCUACAGAGAGAACUUAAGACUCUGCAGGGAGGUGAACUCGCCACUGCUCAAAAGGCCGCUGCCGAUCAAAUGAUGAAGAACUUGCAGCGUGAAAACGCGCUUAUUGCGACAGCGUGGUACGACCUCACCAGCCGUCUACAAAGUAACCACGUCGUGCUUCAACGGCGGCACGAUGCGCCCAAGAGCUGGCUGAAUAAGCAGAGGCAGAUGGUCAAUGGUCAGUUGCGCCAACGCGACAUGCUCUACCUCUACUGA